GCGCUAUUCUUUUUCAUCUUCUAUCACUCAGAGAGAGAGAGAGGGGCGAAGAAUACGGAGAUUCAAUCCAAUUUAGGGUUAAGAGAUUCCCCUAAUUUGGAAAACCUAGUCCUGAGUUUCCCGGAUCGGAGGAAGAAGACGGGAUUAACGAGAAUGGGCGCGAAUUCAAUACCGACGGACGCAACCAUUGGUCUCGAUGAGCAGAUCUCGCAGCUCAUGCAGUGCAAGCCUCUCUCUGAGCAACAGGUUAGAGCAUUGUGCGAAAAAGCCAAGGAGAUCUUAAUGGAUGAAAGCAACGUUCAGCCUGUGAAAAGCCCUGUGACAAUCUGCGGUGAUAUUCAUGGACAGUUCCAUGAUCUUGCCGAGCUUUUCCGUAUUGGGGGAAUGUGCCCUGACACCAAUUACCUGUUUAUGGGAGAUUACGUUGACCGUGGUUAUUAUUCUGUUGAAACUGUUACGCUGUUAGUCGCCUUAAAGCUGCGAUACCCUCAGCGAAUCACCAUUCUUAGAGGAAACCAUGAAAGUCGUCAGAUCACUCAGGUUUAUGGAUUUUAUGAUGAAUGUCUUCGAAAGUAUGGCAAUGCAAAUGUUUGGAAAAUCUUUACAGACCUCUUUGACUAUUUCCCACUGACAGCCUUGGUUGAGUCAGAAAUAUUUUGCCUUCAUGGUGGAUUGUCUCCAUCUAUCGAGACACUUGACAACAUAAGAAACUUUGACCGAGUUCAAGAAGUGCCCCAUGAAGGGCCCAUGUGUGACUUAUUAUGGUCUGAUCCUGAUGACCGUUGUGGUUGGGGCAUCUCUCCUCGUGGUGCCGGAUAUACAUUUGGUCAGGACAUAUCCGAACAGUUCAACCACUCAAACAGCCUAAAGCUGAUCGCCAGAGCCCAUCAGCUGGUUAUGGAUGGAUACAACUGGGCUCAUGAGCAAAAGGUGGUAACUAUCUUCAGUGCACCAAACUAUUGCUACCGUUGUGGGAACAUGGCUUCGAUUCUUGAGGUUGAUGACUGCAGGAACCACACCUUCAUUCAGUUUGAACCAGCACCAAGGAGAGGAGAACCAGAUGUUACUCGGAGAACACCAGACUAUUUCCUGUGAUCACUGGACACAGAGUCACCUCAGCAGCUGCAACCAACAACUGAAAAGUCACAGUUGGUAACUCAAGAAUCUGGUUACUAUGCGAUGUGUUAAGGUUUGCUGUGUUUUGAAGUUCAAUUUAGUUCCACCACCGAGAGUAGUGUGUAUUAUAGGCGAAGAAGACCCUCUCUUAUCUUCCUCUAUAACCAAGAAGAAGAAAAAAAAAGAGGUCAAUGGACUCUACAAUACCCAUUAUGCACAUUGUUUAUUAACUUCUUCUUUCUGCAUCAGUUUGUCUUUUCAUGUGAGAGAUCUGUUUAAUUUAAUUUCUUGUAAUUCUUCUCUUAAAUUUCAUCUAUUAUUUUUUUGUUUAGAAAUCCAGUGAAGAUUUUUUAUUGGAA